AUGGCUCCCAAGGGCAAUCGUGUGAACUCCAGGCGCACUUUGAAGCGGCCUGCUGCCGCGAAGACUCGGGCUCGUCCAGAGCCUGUUCUCCCGAAUAUCACGGAGGAGAAUUUUUGCUUGAAGACCUUCAUCUCAGAUCUCUGGCGGGCCCUUAAUAUCCGAAAGACGGAUGAGACAUCAUGGUCCGUUCUCGAGGUUGCUACAUCCGGCAGUGGCGUGUGGACAACGAUCCAUUGCUUGUGGAUGAUGUUGGGCAAGGCUUGGGUUCGGGAGCUCUAUGCCCUCGAACAGGAUGCAGUUGCAGCCCAGUUCUUGAUGACAAACUUCGCUCCGCUUCAUGUCUUCCAGGACUUUGAGGGUGUCCAGAAUGACCGCAGCUUGUGGUGUUGGAAGCAUGGCUGCAAGUGCACGGUGCCGGAGGGAGAGACGCUGUUCGUUGGGACGCACAAUGACCGCAGCCUCCAGUCGGCGGUCAUUCACGUCGCGGAGCGCAAGCCCAGAAUCGCCCUCUUGACGUGCGUCAGUGGCCGCGGCAAUCAGGAUCCUGAGCUCAACAAGGUCAUGGAGCGCCUGAGUGCUUCGAGUGGCCCACUUGCUGCCACCAAGUGGGUGGUGGGCGAUGCCUCUCCAUUGCCCUGUGCGAGACAGAGGAUUCUCUUCUACAUCGCAGAGGCGAAUAUGGCUGAGAGGUUGGAGGACAUGCAGAAGCGACUUCAUGAGCGAGUCCAGGCCAUGCCCAAGCAUUGUGUGUCAAGCAUGCUUCAGCCGCUGAAUGUGACCUCCAUUCCUGAGGAACUGUCUGUGACAGAGAAGGCCAAUUUUGAAUCACAGUAUCACAAGGCCUUCUCGAAACAGCUUGCCAAAGCAAUUCAGUGUGCCAAGCUCCCCAAGGAUGUCCGGCUUCCGAAGACGCGGCCUUCGAGCAAGUUCUCCCAUGCUUUGACCGCAUGGGAAUGUGCACAGGUCGAUGUGCUCAGCCUUAUGUUGGAGCACCAAAUUUCCAGCGAAGGCUCCAGUGGCAACGGCAGGCCCAAGCUGGCAGAUUAUUCUCAGAGCCCCAACCGAGGCACGUUCUUCACCCGAGGUACUUGUGCCAACGUUUCAACGACCUCUAAGUGGUUCGAGUAUGACUCGCAGACUCUCGUUUCGCCCGUCAGCUUCUUUAAGAUACAUGGCCAUCAGAUGAAGAAGCUCAAGGGAUGUGAGGUGGGACAUACCUUCUCGGAAGGAGAUAUCCGCCGCCUUGCUGGGAACGGGGUGACCUGCACCAUGAUGGUGUGUGCAUUGACGCCUGUGCUGCUAGAGCUGGGCUAUCUCGAACAUGUUCCGCCGAGCUCCUAG